AUGGAAGAGGGACUUGCAAAUAUAGGUUCAGAAACGCUGCACUUCUUCUCCAUCACUUUCUACAGUGACAUACGCCAGAGGUUGGAACUUGGAGCUAUAAUUUCCACUGCUACUAUAAUGAAUAUACCACAUGGUAUCAUCUCUGUGAGUGAUCACUUUAUCUCAUUUCUCCACCAUACAAUUCACAACACUUAA